UUUAGUAAAAGGUCUCCUUGAGAUCACACGGUAACUUCUGCUUCGCACGUUUUUACGCUCGUUGCAAGCCAUAAAUACAAUAAGAACCAUAAUUUAAAUCUAUUGUAAAUAUUAAAAAAUUGUGAUUGUUCAUUAAUUAUAUCAUCAUGAAGGUAGAAUUGAAAGAAUUAGCUAUUGAACUUUACAACGUUGGUGCCAUUAGAACCGGUAGUUUUAUAACGAAAGUUGGACUUGAAACUCCAAUUUAUAUUGAUCUGAGAGUAAUCAUCUCUUACCCACAACUGCUGCUUCGAUUAUCAAAAUCUCUGUGGAGUCUCGUGGACAAUAAAGAUUUUUCACAUGUUUGUGGUGUCCCAUAUACUGCUUUGCCGAUAGCCACGGUAAUUUCUACGGAAUCAAAUGUGCCAAUGAUCAUAAGAAGAAAAGAAGCAAAGUCUUACGGAACGAAAAAAAUGAUAGAAGGUAUUUUCAAAACAGGAGAUACACCAAUCAUAAUAGAAGAUAUUAUAACAAGUGGUUCUAGCAUUAUUGAAACUGUGAAGGAUUUGCAAAACGAAGGUCUUAACGUCACCACUGCUCUUGUUAUUGUUGAUCGAGAACAAGGCGGUAGAGAUAAUUUAGAAAAAGCGGGAAUCACUGUAAAAACACUGUUUACCAUUACACAGCUUCUUGGAUAUUUGUUUGAAUCUAGUAAAUUAUCAGAGGAGUCUUUUAAAGAAAUCAAAGAUUACAUCAACGCAGUUAAAGCUCCAUUGAAAGUACAAGAUGAUAAUAUCCGCUUGAAACAAACUUUCAUGGCAAGAGCCAACGUUGCAAAAAAUUCGGUGACGAGUAAGCUAUUCAAAUUGAUGUCAGAGAAGCAAACGACACUUUGCUUAGCAGCCGACUUUACAGUAUGCCAGGAAAUAAUUGACCUUGCUGAUUUAGCUGGGCCUCACAUAGCAGUUUUGAAAAUACAUGUUGAUAUAAUAGAAGAUUUUGACAAAAGCUUUGUACAGAAAAUAAAGAGCAUUUCUAAAAAGUAUAACUUCUUGAUUAUGGAAGACAGAAAAUUCGCUGACAUUGGACAAGUUGUUUCUUAUCAGUACAAAAAAGGAGUUUACAAGAUUGCUGAAUGGGCUGAUUUGAUAACUGCGCAUCCAGUUCCCGGCAGUGGAAUACUUCAGGGAAUCAAAGAAGGUCUUAAUGAAAUAGCAGAGGACAGAGGCAUAUUUUUAGUGGCAGAAAUGUCUUCAGAAGGAGCACUGACCACAGGCGACUAUGUUAAAUCAGCGGUCGCAAUGUCCAAAAACUCGGAUUUAGUUGCAGGAUUUGUUUGCCAAAAAAAUAUAUUUACAGAUCCUGGACUCAUUCAGCUUACACCUGGCGUUAAGUUAACCAAGUCAUCUGACAGUUUAGGGCAGCAGUAUAAUACUCCCCAAGAUGUUAUUCAUUCUGGAGGAGAUAUAAUCGUUGUAGGUAGAGGCAUAACACAAUCUACGGACAAACUGGCUUCGAUUUUAGAGUACAAAAAAAUUCUUUGGGAAGCUUAUGAAAGCAGAAUCGAGGAUUGUUAACUGUUCAAGAU